CUUCACUUGCAAUUCUAAGAACUUUAGACCUUUACCAAAACAAGAGAAGAUCAAGAAGAAGAAGAAUACAUGGAGAGAUCACCAUACUACGGUUCAUCGUACCUAGACUACCUUUCUCUCCCAGACCCACAUGUCUGUUUUUUCUUCAUGGUUGUCUUCUUCGUGUUGUCUCUCACAUGGUACCUGAACUACGAGUCCGUCCUCGAAGACACCAUGAAUCAGCUCAAGCUCGUCUUCAUGCUCUCCCCUGUCUUCCUCCUCCUCCUCGUCCACAUCUUCUCAGGCGGUCUUUCCUUCUACGUCCCCUGGCCUGAACAAGACUCCAUCCACCGUGCUGGUUCUUCUCCUUGGGGCGUCGCAGUUGUUCUCGUGAUCAUCUUGUUCAUGGUCUCGUACCAGUCAGAGAUCCAUGAGAUGUGGUUCCCCUUUGGGGCUAGGUAGAUCGAUCGAUCAACCUAAAAUUUUCCUUAAAACUUAUGACCAGCUUGAGAUAUUGAACAUCCAUGUAAAUCUAGUCUCUCAUGUAAGAUUUCAAAGUAUGUGUACGAGUGAAACUUUUGCGGAAGAUCUUCAAGUCUUA